GAUGUGGGUGUUGAUCCUGGCGGUGAUGAUGUGGGUGUUAAUCCUGACGGGGAUGAUGUGGGUGUUGAUCCUGGCGGUGAUGAUGUGGGUGUUGAUCCUGGCGGUGAUGAUGUGGGUGUUGAUCCUGACGGGGAUGAUGUGGGUGUUGAUCCUGGCGGUGAUGAUGUGGGUGUUGAUCCUGGUGGUGAUGAUGUGGGUGUUGAUCCUGGCGGUGAUGAUGUGGGUGUUGAUCCUGGCGGUGAUGAUGUGGGUGUUGAUCCUGGCGGUGAUGAUGUGGGUGUUGAUCCUGGCGGUGAUGAUGUGGGUGUUGAUCCUGGCGGUGAUGAUGUGGGUGUUGAUCCUGGCGGUGAUGAUGUGGGUGUUGAUCCUGGCGGUGAUGUUGUGGGUGUUGAUCCUGGCGGUGAUGAUGUGGGUGUUGAUCCUGGCGGUGAUGAUGUGGGUGUUGAUCCUGGCGGUGAUGAUGUGGGUGUUGAUCCUGGCGGUGAUGAUGUGGGUGUUGAUCCUGGCGGUGAUGUUGUGGGUGUUGAUCCUGGCGGUGAUGUUGGUAUUGAUCCUGACGGGGAUGAUGUGGGUAUUGAUCCUGACGUUGAUGAUGUGGGUGUUGAUCCUGGAGGUGAUGUUGGUAUUGAUCCUGACGUUGAUGUUGUGGGUGUUGAUCCUGACGUUGAUGAUGUGGGUGUUGAUCCUGGAGGUGAUGUUGGUAUUGAUCCUGAUGAUGAUGAUGAUGUGGGUGUUGAUCCUGGAGGUGAUGUUGUGGGUGUUGAUCCUGGAGGUGAUGUUGUGGGUGUUGAUCCUGGAGGUGAUGUUGUGGGUGUUGAUCCUGGAGGUGAUGUUGUGGGUGUUGAUCCUGGAGGUGAUGUUGUGGGUGUUGAUCCUGGAGGUGAUGUUGUGGGUGUUGAUCCUGGAGGUGAUGUUGUGGGUGUUGAUCCUGGAGGUGAUGUUGUGGGUGUUGAUCCUGGAGGUGAUGUUGUGGGUGUUGAUCCUGGAGGUGAUGUUGUGGGUGUUGAUCCUGGAGGUGAUGUUGUGGGUGUUGAUCCUGGAGGUGAUGUUGUGGGUGUUGAUCCUGGAGGUGAUGUUGUGGGUGUUGAUCCUGGAGGUGAUGUUGUGGGUGUUGAUCCUGGAGGUGAUGUUGUGGGUGUUGAUCCUGGAGGUGAUGUUGUGGGUGUUGAUCCUGGAGGUGAUGUUGUGGGUGUUGAUCCCGGAGGUGAUGAUGUGGGUAUUUAUCAUGGCACUGAUGUUGUGGGUAUUGAUCUGUCGGUUUUCUGCUGCAUGGGGCCCGAGUUUAGCAGUGAGAGGGAAUAGGUUAGGUAAUGGUGUAUGCAUUCUGUCCAGUCUGACUCAUACCCAGAGGGAUUGACAGCAGACAGACAGGUGGGCCUAAGUGGAGGACCCUCUCUACAUUCACCCGUGUACCUCCAGUCUCAAGGUCUAAGGUGUCUGUGUGUCUCUCUGUCUGCGUGCACGCAGAGAUUUGUCUGGUUUUAAAUUAAGUACCUCUAUGGAGUGUAUAGCAUAAAUGGACAAAUAGUUUGAAGGUCAUACUGAAGACAUUGACAUCUGUGGAGAGAAUGUUGAGAGUUAUUUAUUGAUAAUACCUAAAUCUGUUCUAUACAAAUACUUGAGAUGGACAGGGGAAGGAUUGCAGCAAAUGUUCUUUAAUUGCAGAAACAUAGAAAGUGAAAAGCGAGCUGAAUUCUAAAGUAUUUUUAAAAAUUCAUUAUCACACUAGCGGCAGUUGAUUAUCUACAGCAGCAUAGUAUGUCAGGGUGCUGUUGAUAUAUUGGACGGAGAUGCUGAGUAGAAAUAUAUUAUAUCAUAUAAUGUGUACAUGAGUUUACAACUGUUCGUUUCAUUGUGAAUAAAACACCAAACACGUACGCUAUAGGAGCACGAUACUGCCAUUUGUGACAUAGUAGUUGACAAUGACAUUCAUCAUAAUGAUAUU